CUUCGGGAAGUACCAGCUUCCUUACAUGACAAAGAACGUGACCAAAGUGACUGUCUACGUCAUUCAUCAGCUGGAAGAGCCUCACUUAGAAUCUUGCGGAGAGGGCAGCCUUAUGGUUCUUGAACACGACAUCAGGAAGAAAGGUUUCUACUAUGAGUGCAUUGACGACCCUCUCGAGGUCUAUCAUCUGCUGUGUUCUGCGGAUGCUGAGGUUGAUGGAUGCAGACUGGUCAUGGAGGAAGAGGAUGAUGAAGACUAGAUACUUCUAGAUCUAUUAUAAUUCAGACAUCCCAGCCCACGACUGUUUCAUGGAACUGACGCUUCUACAUUUGCCGUUGACACUCUCUCUAUUUUUAUCCCCCCCUCUCUCUCUCUCUCUCUCUCCCCCCAUCUCCCCACUCUCCCUCUUUCUCUCAGUUUUCUCAUUCUCCCUGGUCUGGCUGUAUCCCACCUCCUCUCCUCACCCCUCUCUCUUGCUGGUUCGAAUGUCUAUAAUCAUUCGCUUGCUUACUAUUUCUUUCAUAUCGCUUUUCUCUUUUAAAAACAAACACUCACACAUUCUCACACUCACACACACACGUACACACACACACUCAUGUACACAAAAACAGAACUUACCAAAAAUCCCACACUGUCUCGUCGCCCCUCUGUGUCUGUAUUAGCACAUAAUAUGCUUUAAAAAAACCUCUCAUUGGUGUGUAUGAUGCGAAGGAUUCCUAGUCAAUCAGUUUUACUUUCUUCUGUUUUUGUUGUUUAAUUUUUCUAAUUAUACUACCCUGUUUUCAUAAAACAGGCUUUGCGUGCAUCGAUAAUGUGAGUGAAGGAAAUGAUUGUCCCAUGUACUUUUAUUUAUUUCAAAAUUGAACCCAAAGUGGUAAAGGACGAAUGUCUUCGAUAUGCUAACAAUGCAAAGUGUAACAUACGUGUCUUUGUUUUAAUACUUUUUAAAAAUGAAUACAAAGUUAAAAAUAAACCCGUAUUAUUUAAAAAA